GUCUUUUGUUCCUUAAGUUCACAUUCAUGUGUCUGUGUUCCUGCUUUCGUGUACACAGCAUAUAUAGAGUAAGAGAGUGAGAUGCAUUAUACUGUUUCAUCUGGGAUUUGGGAUAGCUAGAAAGGGAAACAAUGAGAAAACCCAGUGUUGACAAGAAUGGAGUGAAGAAAGGAGCGUGGAGUGAAGAAGAAGACAACAAGCUAAGAUCUUACAUUCUCAGAUAUGGCCACUGGAACUGGAGAUUGCUGCCCAAGUUUGCUGGUCUAGCUAGAUGUGGCAAGAGUUGCAGACUGCGAUGGGUAAACUAUCUUAAACCUGGUCUAAAACGAGGGGGUUUCACCAUCGAAGAAGAAAAUCUGAUCGCUAAACUACACGAUGAGCUUGGCAACAAGUGGUCAGCCAUGGCGGCAAUAAUUCCGGGAAGAACUGACAAUGAAAUAAAGAACUUCUGGCACACACAUCUGAAGAAACGCAGCAAAAAGGUUCCAGCAGCUCCGGCAUCUCCAUCUCCAUCUCCAUCUGAAAGCAAAGGUUGUGAGAAGGUGAUUCUGGAAUCAUCGCGCGGUGUGGUGUGGGAUUCAGAAGAGAGUGGUGGUGAAGCAGAAAAGGGCGAGAGCCCAAUACAGGUGGAAUUCAAUGAGAGGGGGAGUGGUACUCGUUUGUUGGAUGGAUUUCUCGACAGUUUUUGGACUCACCCAUUUCUGGUCGACACUUCUUACACUCAUCAUCACAGCUUUUCGGCAUUCAUGGACCAAGAAGAUGCAAUUUACCUUUUCACAUAGUUUUAAUUGUAUAAUAUCAAUAUAUAUGUCGACGAUGAUAUUUCAAGAUUAUUUUUGUGCUAUACUAA